AUGGCAUUGAGUGACCUCCUUUACCCAGAUAAUCCCAAGAGAAAGCAAGAACUGAUCCAUCUGCAUCAGGAAUUGCUUGACUGUAUGUCCACAAAUUUCCAUGCAACAAACGAGCUGGUUGGAGUGCUGAAUGAGCACCUGGGCUGCGCCAUUACCCCCAUUGAGAUGAGAGAGAGCAGUACAGUCAAGGAAAACUGUGAGAACAUCAUUCAAGUGAUGAGUGAGAUUCAGCACCAGGUGCAGAAGAUUGACAGUGACAUGAAGGACAAGCUCGAGCCAGUGCUGUACCAGAAGCUAUAUGACAUCAAAGAGCCCGAGCUGGAGAAAAUUGCAAUAGCCCAGAGAGUUUUUUCCAUAAUUUUUGGAGAAGCAACUUCAACAGCUGCAAUGGUAGCUAUCAAACUUCUUGGCUCCAAUCAUUUAACUCUCACUGUGAGCAAGCUCAUCAGCGUCCUUGCGCAGAUUGGGGCCUCUGUUCUUGGGGGAGUUAGCAUCACCAUCAUUGGGCUGGGCCUGGAGAUGAUUCUCCAUGCCAUCCUGGGAGCUGUGGAGAGGAGCCAGCUGCUGACAGCUGUGAGGAGCUAUGAGAAGCACCUGGCUGAGUUUAAAGCAGCCUCAGAAAAGUACCAGCGUGCCAUACAUGAAGUGACUUCUUUGGUGAGACAGCAAGUUCAGUAA